GAGAGAAAGAGAGAGAGAAAGAGAGACAGAGAGAGAUUGUGGAUAUGAUAAAGACAGUUCUGCUCGGUUGAAGCCGGUAAUUUCUUUAAUUCUUUAUGAUUUCUUAGUUUAAUUGACGCGUCGCCGCUUGUUUGCUCUGUGCGCACAGAGACGCGAUGCGCUGCGCCCCGGGAGCCGCCACCCUGCUGCAUCCUCUCUAGCGCUCCGACACCUCGCUUUGUCGGCGUCUGAUUUCACUCGGGAGCUCGAGGGAGGAAAAAAUGUCUCUGAAAUCCAAGCAGUGCGAAUCGGUGAAGGUGGUGGUGCGCUGUCGCCCGCUGAACCGCAAAGAAGAGGCGUCCGGUUAUGACAGCAUCGUGGAUAUGGACGUUAAAUUGGGCCAAGUGGCCCUGCGGAAUCCCCGAGCGGCUCCCGGAGAACCGGACAAGACGUUCACCUUCGACGCCGUGUACGACGCAGGAUCCAAGCAGAGCGACCUUUACGAUGAGAGCGUGCGGCCUCUCGUGGACUCGGUGCUGCGCGGCUUUAACGUGACGGUGCUCGCGUAUGGACAGACAGGUACAGGGAAGACGUACACAAUGCAGGGGGAGUGGACGGAGGCCGAGCGGCGAGGCAUCGUGCCCAGCUCCUUCGAGCAUAUCUUCACACACAUCUCACGUUCUCAGAACCAGCAGUACCUGGUGAGAGCGUCAUACCUUGAGAUCUACCAGGAAGAGAUUCGAGAUCUUCUGACCACUGAUCACAGCAAGCGCCUCGAGCUGAAGGAGAGCCCAGAGUCAGGCGUGUAUGUACGAGACCUUUCGUCCUUCGUGGCUAAGAACGUCAAGGAGAUGGAGCACGUGCUGAAUGCAGGUAACCGCACACGAUCUGUAGGUGCAACGGACAUGAACGAGCACAGCUCUCGGUCUCAUGCCAUCUUUAGUGUCACCGUGGAGUGCAGUCAGCCUGGUCCGGAUGGCCGUAACCACAUCCGGGUGGGCAAGCUGAACCUCGUGGACCUGGCUGGAAGCGAGCGUCAGAGCAAGACGGGUGCACGUGGUGAGCGGUUCAAGGAGGCCACUAAAAUCAACCUAUCUCUCUCUGCACUGGGAAACGUCGUAUCGGCGCUGGCUGAUGGCCGCGGCGCUCAUGUGCCAUACCGUGACUCCAAGCUCACACGCCUGCUCCGGGACUCGCUUGGUGGAAAUGCCAAAACCGUAAUGGUGGCCACGCUCGGCCCGGCAGCCUUCAAUUAUGAGGAGACACUGACCACGCUGCGAUAUGCCAACCGUGCCAAGAACAUCAAGAAUGUCCCACGUGUCAACGAGGACCCCAAGGAUGCCCUGCUCCGUGAAUUCCAGCUGGAGAUCGCCCGGCUCAAGGCACAGCUCCACCGACGCGGCAUGCUGAGCUCCAGGAGAAAGAGGAGGCUCAAGAAAAGCAUAGACCAUGAGGUGAAUGAGGAUGAUGAUGGUCAAGAUGAGGAAGAGGAUGAAGAUGAAGAGGAAGGCGAAGAUGAUGACGAUGAGGAGAAGUUGCAGAAGGAGGUGCAGGAGUACAUAAAGGAACAGCAGGAGGUGUUGGAGCAAGAGAAAGAAGCCAUCAUGGACGACCGCUUACUGGUGGCUGAGGAGAAACAGAAGCUCCUGGAAGAGAAGGAGAGGAUGAUGGGACAUCUGAAGAAGGAGCAGGAGGCUUCGGCGCUCCUCACUGCUAAGUUCAAGGCAAUGGAGAGUAAGCUUCUGGUUGGAGGAAAAAACAUCAUCGAUCACACCAAUGAACAGCAAAAGAUGCUGGAAAUAAAACGACAAGAGAUUGCAGAACAGACACGUAAAGAGCGAGAGAUGCAGCAGCAGAUGUUAAUUCAGGACGAGGAGACGGUGGAGCUGAGAGAAACAUUCACAACUCUGCAACAGGAAGUGGAAGCAAAAACCAAAAAACUCAAAAAGCUGUACGCUAAGCUGCAGUCUGUGAAAGCCGAGAUUCAGGACGUGAACGAUGAGCACGUUAGAACCAGACAGGAACUGGAGCAGACGCAGAACGAACUCACAAGAGAACUCAAGUUUAAGUACCUCAUAAUCGAGAACUUCAUCCCUCCGGAGGAGAAGAACAAGAUCAUGAACCGACUGGUGUUUGAUGUCGAUGAAGACCAGUGGAAGUUCCAGCCUCUGGUUCCUGCAGAGGAUAAGUUUACUCAGAUGAAGAGGAGACCCGUCUCUGCCGUGGGCUACAAGCGGCCUAUCAGCCAAUAUGCCAAGGUUGCCAUAGCGAUGGGAGCCAAUUCCAGAUACAGGGCUGAAAACAUCAUGCUUCUGGAACUGGACAUGACUCCGCCCACUCUGUUUCAAAUAGACUUCCCCAAUCUGGGGUCCGAGAUGGAGCCAAGCCGAGACGUGCAGCUUGACAACGCAUCGUUUAGAGAGAAAGUAGCGGCCAGUCGGGUCAGGAAGUCCCAGUCCUGGUGCCAGGCUGCACGACCCAUGCCUUCCUCGAGCUCUGUGCUCUCCCUGUCAUCCUCAGGGUCUAAUGGCUUGGCGCACCCUGUCAGCACCACCAUGGCAACCGUCCACCAAUAAGAUCCCAAGGAGCACAUCUUUGUCCUUUCUUUGAUCCACCAAUGAGGGAUGAGCCACUCAUCCCUCCUCCUUUUUGCAAUGAUGGCCUUGUCCAAGAUGCUUAAAACAUGCUGCAGAGAGGACGGAUUAUAGCACGAUCCUUACAAUCCUUUCUUUAUUUUCAUCUUUUCUUAAAAUACGCUCGCUCAGUUCGACCGGAUGAGAUUGGAUUAAGAUAGAUUAAGUUUUGCUUCCACAUCCAUUAAAUAGAAACCGUCUCCAACAGGAAAUCUGUUAAUCUGUUAAAACAUCAUCAUUUCAUUACGUUUUAAAGCUUGAAGUUUUAAUAUGUUUACUGCUGAAAAUAAUGUCCUAUAUGUUUGUCUGGGAAAUACUUCUGAAGCCGGCCCGGUCGUCUGCCGAAGAGGAAAUAAGAGAAACGACACUUCCUGCGGGACCUACUGUAUAGAAAAUAGCCCGGAAAAGACAGACAGACGGAUGAAGACGAGUGCCAGACGUCUGUCUGUCAUUCCUCGAGCCCUGCUUGCAUGUUGUUUUGUGUGUAACUGUGUUUGUAAUUCUGAUCAGGGUUUACGAAACAGGGUCUGGAUUCCAUUGGCCAAGUCAAAAUGGCUAAUAAGGUGGGUGUGGCCUGUGUGUCAGAAUUAGAAAUGGUAGAAUCGACACUGUUGCGUAGUCGUUUUGGCUGGUACCAAAAACAAAACCGGUUUCUGCCGUGAUAUUAAUAACAGUGACCGAGAGUUGGAAAUUCGGUUAUGUGGUGAUGUCGAUUACGGUGAGGACAGUUUUAAUUUCUACAUCCCAGUUUACACACCCGUUUAAAUGAUUUUAGAUCUAACCGAUUUUGCAUGAGCUAAGUUUCCAUUAAUGACCGUAAUGCAAGAGAUAAAAUUAUCCUAACAAUUUUAACUUAACCAUUAAAAAAGUUUCAUUAACGUUAGCGUAUAGUCGACGUAAAGUUUACACAAGGCUUACAUAAGGCUUAUAUGUUUUGUAAGAGUUACAUAACAUGACUUUACCUUAGUUUAUGUAAGGCUUAUGUAAAAAUUACAUAAUAUUUACUACAGGUUCAUGUUAAGGCUUAUCUAACGUUAAUGAAAAUGACUUAAGGUUUGCAUAAGUUUUACAUAAAGCUCAUGUAUGGUUUAUGUAUGUUUUAUGUAUGGCUUUACGUAACAUCUAUGUCAGUUUUCCCUAAACUUUGCAUAAAGCUUGUGUAAGGUUUAUGAACAUGAUUUGAGAUUUACACAAUGUUUACAUGUAAUGUUUAUGUACGGUUUACGCAAAGUAUGUAAGGUUAUUAUAAUCUUUGUGUAAGGGUUAUGGAUGCCGCAUAAAGUCUGUGUAAGAUUUACACAAGGGUAUGUAAACUUCAUGCAAAGUUUAGGUAACAUUUUUCGUAGGCUUUACAUAAUGAUGUCAUUUCCUGCUGAAAAUAUUCAAAUACUGUUACAUAACUGAGGAAAAUUUGAGAUUUUAUAUAUUGUAUAAAUUGUGUCCAUCUUUGUUUUUUUUGUCUAACUUAUUCGUUGUGUACUUUUGGAAAACCUUUAUGAAGAACCCCUGAGGAACCCAUAAACUCCUGAUGCUCCUGGUUCGAGAUGAGGCAGCAUGGUUUGGUUUAAGAGUCUGCAUGAAGGCAGUAAAACAUUUAGUGAUGGUUUAUUGGAAUUUUUUGGGCUCAGAUUACAUGAAGGUCAAGGAGCUCUGAUGGGUUGAAGAUCCUGUGUGUACAAAAAUGUCUUUCCACCAUUUUAGUUUCUAUGCUGGUUUGCUUAAACCUUUAAAUUACUGUUCAGUGAUAUAUGGAGAAGAGUGCAAGAGACUAAAGCCAGGUGUGUAUACACACACACACACACACACACACACACACACACACACACACACACACACACACAUAAUUAGUUCUCACACUGGACACUUAAACUUUGCUUGGACUCCUAGCCUAAAGUGUCCACGCCUGCCCACCUGACUAACUGUGUAGAUGCAUAAGGACUGUGGAUAUUUGCGUGUGUUCAAAUUAUGACUGUAUGAUAAAACUAUUAAAUAAAAACGGAACAAUCCCCUGA